GCUUCCCGCCGUCGAGGGGGGAGGCCGGCGGUGAGUGCGCACGGUUCAGGCUGGUGCUCUCAGUGGCGAUCAACCUGCUCGCCCUCGGUGGUGUACUGUCUCAGCCCCAACGUCGUCAACCUCAAGAACAACCUCUACGUCAGCGUCCUGUGAACUCGCUCGCCGAGAUGCCCGCCUACCUGCUCACCGCGCUGCUCCUCGACCGCUUCGGCCGGAAGCCGCUCGCUAUCGGCAUGAUGCUUCUCAGCGGCAUCUCCUGCUCCGCCGGCAACCUCAUCGCCGGCGCCGGCGACAUGAGGGUGGCGAGGCUGGCGUGCGGGGUGGUAGGGAUCUUCGGCAUGGCGGCGACGUACAACCUGUUGUUCAUCUACACGGCGGAGCUGUUCCCGACGGCGGUGCGGAACACGGCGCUGGGGUGGAUGUCGCAGGCGUCUCAGAUGGGCGCCAUACUGGCGCCGCCGGUGGUGGUGGGUUUUUUCGGCGAUGGCCCUCCCUGUACACAGAGCCGAGGCGUAGCCGAGGAACCGACCGAGCCCGGCUGCACUCAGGUCGUCCCUCCUGCCGACGCCGCCGCCGCGAUGCGCCUGCCAGAACCCGACCCUCGCCGGCGCAAUCAUGCCUGCUCAUCGGCAACACGAGAGGAGAGAAGAGGAGAGGAAAGGGGGAGGAAGAAGGGAGAGAAGAGGGGAUAGAGAAAAAGUGCUGACGUGGACACAUUGAUAUGUGAGGCCCACGUGGGACCCACGCUGAGUCAGCUGUCACGUCAGACAAAACCGGAGUCAAAACCGCCGAGGUACCUAGUCUGCACUGGUUUUGUAAGUUUGGGGAUGCGUUGUAUCUGGUUUUACGGUUUAAGUACGAUUUUGUAACUCGAUGACAAGUUGAGGGACCUUCGGUGUACUUUUUCCUUUUUAAAAAGAAAAUAUAACAUUCC